GGUCCAAGAGAAGGAAGAAGGCUGCGAAAAAAGUGGACCAAAAUGUCUUGGCCGCUUCGCUGCUCUCCCAACCCCAGUCCUUGGAUUGGUGGGACGACUUCUCCCAGAGGAUUACUGGCAAUCAGGGAUCACUUGCUUUUGAAUAGAACCUUAUCUAAGGUAACAUUAUAAACUAGAAGCUAUCUUAAAACAUUUUGUGUUGUCCCUUACAUAUGCUAUUUAUUGAAGAACAAUGAAACAGCCCCACCGUUGUGUAUCUCUUGGAUGUGAGAACUCAUCGUGGAAAUCCAAAAUGGGCAUAUUAUGCACCUUAUUAGGCUUUUUAAUUUAGAUUUUAGCAAUUCUAUAGAGUUAAUGAAUUAUGCACCCUGUAAACUCUGAGGGAAUGAUCUUUUCUGAAAAGGUGAACUUGAGCUUCUAUGAAUCAUAGUAAUUUUAUGAGUGGACUUCCUGAUUUGCACAAACAUAAACUCCUGGAGACCAUUAGAUUGCUUAUGCCAACUGGGGGAAUUCCUCGUAGGACUCACUUGCACUUCAGCUUGAUCAGGCAGAGGCAUAAGUAAGCCCACAUAGCUAUAGAGGACAUGUUUCUGGUAAGAAAGUGAGGCAUAGGCUUUAGGUAUAUCAGAAAUAUGAUUAUACUGAAUACCAAUAAAACUGAAAGAUUGAGAUAUUUAGGAUGGGUUCAAGAAACUCAUGCGCUGCACGGAUGUUCUGAAGUAAGUGUUGGUUUUCAGUAAUUGGAGCAAAGAAUUUACAUAAACAUCGACGUGGCCGAAACUGACUUUGUGGUAUGUUGUUCGGUGUGACAUGAUUCUCCUUGUCCCUGUUUAAGUAUUUAACCAUGUUUUUUUAGUUUUUCUUGUAUCUGAGUAGGUUUAGACUAAAUAGUCCACCAAGGAGAGGAGUUAAAAAUAAAGCUGAAGAUUCACUUUAGCCAAGAAAAAAAAUGGCCCACCGCUCCCUACAAUUAUAUGUUGUCAGUUAUGUGAAAAUGUCCAUGGUUUGUACUUACCUAGAUUCUAUCUUUCUAUUUUCUCAUCAUAAAGAAAAAGAAGAGAGAGAGAGAGAGGAGGAGGAGGAGGAGGAGGAGCAGAAUCCCCAUCCUAUUUGCAGCAAAUAAUGUUUCCUUAAGUGUCUGGUUUCUCCAUGCGUUCACCACCUCAAAUGAAUAUGUUACAAUGUUUCCACUUCUCAGGCCCCCUAUCUGAUUCAAAGAAAUUUGAAUCCGUUUUCAAAAUCUCAAGAAAGACAUUCGACUACAUAUGUUCUCUUGUGAGGGAUGAUAUGAAGGCUAGGCCUUCGAACUUCAAUUAUACAAAUGGCAAGCCUUUGUCUUUAAAUGACCAAGUGGCUGUUGCUCUUAGGAGACUGGGCUCUGGUGAAUCACUAUCAAGCGUUGGUGAGUCAUUUGGGAUGAACCAAUCAACAGUUUCCCAAAUAACCUGGAGGUUUGUGGAAGCAAUGGAGGGAAGAGGACUUCACCAUGUCCGUUGGCCUUCGACAGAAGCAGAGAUCGAAGAGGUAAAAUCUAAGUUUCAGAAAAUUCGUGGCCUUCCAAAUUGUUGUGGUGCAAUUGACAUCACGCACAUCACAAUGACCCUCCCUACAAUGGACUCGACUGAUGACGUCUGGCUUGAUCGGGAGAAAAACUGUAGCAUGAUCUUGCAGGCAAUUGUGGACCCAGAAAUGAGAUUCCGUGACAUAAUUACAGGGUGGCCGGGAAGCUUGAGUGAUGCCCUUGUGCUCCGAAGCUCAGGUUUCUUCAGACUUUCUGAAGAAGGUAAGAGGUUAAAUGGAAAGAAAGUGGAGCUUUCUCAAGGAAUAGAGUUAGGAGAAUAUAUAGUAGGGGAUGCAGGGUUUCCCCUUUUGCCAUGGCUUCUUACUCCUUAUCAAGGAAGAGGCCGCUCAGAUUUUCAGUCCGAAUUUAACAAGAGGCACUUUGCAACCCGAAUGGUGGCACAGAGAGCUUUAGCUAGGUUGAAGGAGAUGUGGAAGAUAAUUCAUGGAGUAAUGUGGAAGCCUGAUAAGCAUAGGUUGCCGAGGAUCAUUCUGGUUUGUUGCAUACUGCACAACAUUGUUAUUGAUAUGGAGGAUGAGGUGCAAGAUGAACUGCCUUUGUCUCAUCAUCACGAUUCGAGUUAUCGACUACAAAGUUGCCAAUCUGCCGAUAAGACCGCCGUUAUCAUCAGAGAAAAUCUUUCUCUCUACUUAUCUAGAAAACUGACAUGUUGAGAGCAUUCUUCUUUCUCCUUGUGCAUGUGAACAAUUUUCUAUGAUUGUACUCUGCCUUUUUGUUAGCUGAAAAGGUAUGUUAUACCUGUUUGGUUAUUUGUCCUCUCACAUAGACAGUCGUCAAUCUUGAACACGCUUAAAUGAUACAUAAAAAACUCUGUCUGUGUGUGUGUGUGUGUGUGUGUGUGUGUGAGAGCUUGAACAUAUUGUGAGUGAUUGUUAAUUUAUGUGAAUCUUUCUCA